AUGCCUCUGGUUCAAAGGACGUUUUGUGGGAAUACAACUUAUCCCAUUGAUCAAAUGGAUCACAGUAUUAGCUGUCAAGACAGAGCUGAUCUUCUAGAUACAAUUUUGCAUGGUAAUGCCAAUGACAUUGCAAAUAAAAUAAUGGAAAUCAAACAAACAAGAAAUGUGAUUGAAAAAAUCUUCAAAGAUGGCAUUGAUUCGGAUGCAGCUCAGAUGACAAAUAAUAAGUCAGUUUUGUUCAGAAAAACUUUUGAAGAUCUACAGUCAUUUAAGUGGGCAGAUGUUGUCAGUGAAAUGGUCAAUAGUCAGCCUUCUCUAACAAAUAUGUUGCUUGCUGUAAUGUCCAGAAACAAGGUGACAACAGAGUGUCUUCCAGAAAACUUGGUGCCAAAACUGGGGUUGAUAUACGGCAUAUUGAUGCAGGAACGUUACCACAAGCUGAGUUUAGUCCAGAGAAUGUUGGCUGUUGUUUUAAAAGAUGAACAGACACAUGAAAAGGUAUUUGAUCGAUUGGAACCCAUUGGCAUAACAAGCUCAUACUCAACAUUACUCAGGGUCAUAGAGGAAGUUGGUGAUUGCUGUUAUGAUAACAUUCUUGGUGAGCUAAAAGAUGGGAAAAGGUAUCGUCUCAUAGGUGAUAAUGUAAAUUUUCAAGUUGGGAAAAAGUUUCAGCGCAGCAAUGACAAGAACAAUCAACAAUAUCACUGGUUUGCAUCAUGUGCUGUAAUUCAAAAUUGUGAAUUUGAACAAUACUCAGAUGCCUCUCAAGGACCAGUAAGAGAGCUUAACAUGACACAUAUAUUACCAUCUGAUUUUGAUAUUGCUGCUUUGAAGACAAAUUAUUCCUGUCACAUAGCUAAAGUAGCCCAAGAACUUAUUCCAGCAUUGUCUUUUCUCACUGCUACUGAUUUCAGACCUGAAUACCCUGACAUCAUUCAAAAGAAAAAUGGGUCAAUUCUCCUCCCUGUUCAACCUCUAAAUGAGCAAUACUACACAGAUCAAUACUACACAGAUGUGGUCAAAAUGUUGGACUCUUAUCAGGAGUUUGUUACAGAAAUAAAUGAAAAAUCAGAAAUCAGCUUCAAUUCCAUACAAAUUGGGGGUGAUCAAUUAACACGCGAGAGAUUUUCAGGUGCCAAAACUCUUCGAAGUGGUGCAUAUACAGCCAAAGAAAGAUUCAAGAAUCUCUACCCGAUAUCAUUUGAGCUUUUUCAUACCUCCAUGAACUUUCUGGACUUGAUGUUCAAAAUACUUUUUAACAAAAAGGUAUUUGAAAAAGGAACAUUAAAUGGAGAGAAAAUCAAGAUAAAUAGGUCAUCUGUACAUGAAGACGUCCAAAAUCAUUAUGAUGAUGACAAGGACUUUAUUGUCAGCUUUGUAAAAUCGUAUAUUGCUGCUGCUCUCAUGGAAUAUUUUGGUAUGCAAGACAUGGACUCACCAUUAACAAAACAUAAACCUCCAUCAGACCCCUCAGAACUUAAAAAAUGGCAGGAUGAUGUCCUUGCAAAUUUCCUGGAUGAAUACAUAUUCCAAAAACAUCAGCAAAUAAACUGUACAAAGAAAACUUUAAAUUUGAAGUUACCAGAUGGGACACAGAUUCCAAUCCAUAUCCCAUUAUCAAAUCAACAAACUGUAAGGAGUCAGAAUAAUGGGGAUGAUGUGUACAACUAUGGAGUUUUGGUAAUGGAAUUGGGACUAAUGUUUCUAGAAUUUCAGGAAGUUUGUAAAACUCCUGAUAGAGCCAGGUUGAUGACAGUUCUGAAAUGCAUGAUGAUGAUGUUCAAAACAGUAAACAACAAUUCAAAGUAUGCAUUGGAAAUUUUGCGUUUUCUGUGCUUUCACCAGUCAUCAUAUAGCCUACAGACCUCAUAUCAGUCCAUUCACGGUCUGUUUGUGAAUACACAGGGGAGACUAGACUCAUCCAUCCCUGCAGACCUAUAUAUGGAGCAUAUGGUCCAAAAGACCAAAUCUAUGCUUAAAAGCCUGGGCUCCAACAAAACACCCGAAAUCAUCAUGAAAAGGUCAAAAGCAUUAGCUGGAAUGGAUGCCAUCUCUCAUCAAUAUGACACGGACACAAGUGUCAUUUUACGUUCUCAUCGACACAAAUUGAAAAGUGCCAAAGAUGAUGAAUUGAAAAUGAUGCAAGAUAUUUGUGAAGUUCAUCCAUUUAAACAUACACCUGGAAGAUCUUUUGAAUUUUUCAAAGGACUAACUAGUCCUCUUCUCUUUUCUGUUGAUGCUGAAAAAUACAAGGCUUGGGUGCAACAUCAUCAGAGCAUCCUGGACUAUGACUCUGGGAAGUAGGCUACUUAGUUGUGUUGAGUGGUACUGUACAACACGGCUGUUUUCUGGACAAGGAGUACCCAGAUACAUGUCAUCUUUCAAUAUGCGUUUUGCAAGGUCAUAACUGUAGGCACACCAUUUUAACUUGGAAUAUAUUAUUGUAAGAGGGAAAGAAUCUGCAUUCAUUAGAAGAUCAAGAAAAACCGGUUUGUAAAUGUAGUCAUAUGCAAACUCUACUUUGUUAUUGCCCCCAGUUGAUGGAGGGCGUUCUCGAAUAAUUAUCUUUAUGUUGCCAUUAAGAAUAGGUAAUGAUCUAAGAAAUACAGGCUUUCUCAUAGUAAGCUGUGAAACAAUUGUUUUUUGAAGUUUUACAGAAGCAGUGGCUGUUAAUGCUAGGACAGAGAUGAGGUUUGAGUCUAUGGAUCUUACGUUGCAAAUAUUUUUAAACAUGGGUCUAAAUUCCUCCCCCCACUGUGGAACCAGGUGGGCUUCGUCCACUACAAUAUAUGUUCGUCUGUGAAGUGUUGACAUCUUUUCUAGAAUACUUGGCUUAGUGAUAUCCUCUGGAUGUCCAACAACAUACAAAAUAGACUUCAACUUGGUUAAAUUGUCACUCUCGUCAUCAUUUACUAGAUCUGAUGCUCUUAUUGAUUUAGAACCCAGUUUUGCAAUUUCCUGCUCUAUGAUGACAUUCAAUGGACAUACUAAUACAACCAAACACUGUCUAUCAUAUAAUGAAAAGUCAACAAAAGGAAGAAUUUCAAAUAUUAAAGACUUUCCAUAGCCAGUGGGCAAUAUUGAUAUACAGUCAUUUUUUA